AUGCCUGCACCGGGCACUGCGCCAAGUAUAAUGGUGAUUUUAAAAGAGAAAAUUAGAUUAAGUGGUCCUAUAAGUGUUGCUGAUUAUAUGCACAUAGUUGCCACAAAUCCCACUGAAGGCUAUUACAUGAAAAAGGAAGUCAUUGGUCAUGCUGGUGAUUUUAUUACAUCUCCAGAAAUAAGUCAACUAUUCGGUGAAAUAUUAGGCGUGUGGUUCUAUGCUGAGACUCAGAAAAUGGGCUCUGGAAAGCCACUGCAGAUAGUAGAACUAGGCCCAGGAAAAGGUACUUUAUUAUCGGAUAUAUUAAGGGUACUCCAUAAUCGUAACUACCAAGCUUCAGAUUUGAGUCUCCAUCUUGUAGAAAUCUCUUCAACUAUGCAGUCUGUGCAAGCUAAUAGACUCUGCAUUUCCCAUAGAGAAGUGGAACUUGGUUUACCACAUAAUUAUGAGGGUGAGACAGUAAGUGGAAUCAAGGUAUAUUGGUACAAUGACCUAAGUAAGGUCCCCAAAAAUUUUUCAUGGUAUAUUGCACAUGAAUUCUUUGAUGUUCUACCAAUCCACAAAUUCGAAAAAACUGAUAAUGGUUGGCGGGAACUUCUUAUAGAUAUAGAUGGACAAGGCAACUUGUACUACAGAAUAGCUGCUGAAGCCAACAAUGCCGUCAGGACUCUGGUCAUUCCGCCGUUAGAUGCAGGUGAUAAAACGGAAUUGGAGAUCAGUGCGAAGUCCCUAAGUAUUGCGAAGCAAUUGGCUCAUAGAGUAGACAUGUAUGGAGGUAUUGCACUCAUUGCUGAUUAUGGCCAUGAGGGAGAAAAGGGUGAUACCUUUAGAGCCUUCCACAAGCAUCAAGUAGUGAAUCCUCUAGAAAAACCAGGCCUGUGCGAUCUCACUGCUGACGUGGACUUUGCUCAAUUAAGGGUAGCUGCUGCCAAGAUGCCAACUAUGGAUAACUACGCAUUAGUCAUGGGCCCUAUAAAACAAGCUGAUUUCUUGAAGAGAUGUCAAGCAGAAGUUAGAUUAGAGGUUUUGAUGCAGAAUGCUAAAAGUGAAGAAGAGAAAGAAAAAAUUAAAAUGUGCUAUGAUAUGCUAGUCGAUCCUGAGAAGAUGGGUGAAAGGUUUAAGUUUAUGGCGUUUUAUCCAUCGAGCAUGGAGCAAAUUUUAAAUAAAAAUCCACCACUAGGGUUUUCAACGCCAUAA